ACUAGCCUCUUGUGUUGACGUGGCUGAAAUGGUCACUCGAGCUGGGUCCUGUGUAUCGAAACCGUUUGGGUCGGAGCCCUCUUCUUGUUGUCCAGGAUUUUCAGAGAAGAGGUGUGGCUUAUCAUGGAUUGGAGUUGAUGUAAUCUGCGGGUGUCCUACAUAAGUGUAAAGCAAUGGCUGUAGCACACUAAACAAUUGCAACACCAAAUAUUUGCUGGAAGACCAUCUUUAUAACUGAUUUGUGUGAAAUCAUGCCUGAAAGCUAUGAUCACCGAAGUAUGCAUACAUUUUGACAUCCGAAGAGCGAAUGCAGAAUUUAUAAGAAAAAGCAGUUCUGGAGCAUUACUCGUGUCAGCUUCAAUCCUAGAUUCCACUCAAUGUUAAUACGUGUCAGUUCAGUACAAGAAAAUGGAAGAAAAAUAGCAGUCAUCAUGUCAAGAAGUUAAUUUGAGGCAUUAUUUAUUCAACAGCGAAAGUUAACAUCCAAUUAUGGAUAUAUCUGAAGCUUUUCGGCCUGAAGAUAUAACAAAAACUGACUUCUUCGAUUUUGUGGUGGCUCCUGACGUCACUGACAAUAGUGCUCUUCAGCAGUUUAACAGAUCAAUGAAAUCCGUUGGAAUAUUCUUGGAAUCUUACAAUAAUAACAACAACAACGAGGAUCCAUCUACUGAGAGGAAGGAAGCCAAUAACAACCAUUUAGUUUUAGGAAAUGGAACGUCGGACGGGUCAGCUCAGUCUCCCGCGUUUACUGGAACGCCAUUUUGGUCUCAGUCGUCAAAUUGUGACAAGGAGGCCGUGCGAUGGGAGCCAUCGAUGCUGGAGGAUCUCAACUGCUGGAGUCAAGGUGGCCAAGGGGACAACUCUUCCACAUCGAAAACUCUGACGGAAACGGAGAACACUGACGGUGCCAUUUAUACACUGACAGUAUUGAAUGGUGCUGAGCAGUCGUCGACCUGGUAUCGGCCUCCGGAAGCCACCGAAGAGGAAACGAACCGGAGUCAGUCGACGACAUCGACUACUCUUUCUUCCCACCAAAAUUCUGUAGAUCUCGAUACAUUUUUGGAUAGUAUACCUUCUUCCGUCGUUAAAAGUCUAUCGGAGACGACCUCGUACCAGAACGGUUAUCCCAGGACGUCCACGGAACUGAUUACAACGGUAGCCUCGAGCGACACACCUUUGACCACCACAGUGAAGAGUGAGUUCGCGUACAACGAUAGUGGCUACGCGGAUACGAAGGAAGAACUCUGUAACCAGUUGGUAAACGAAAUAGUGCUCGGCAACAAUCCCACCGGCGGCCAAUUUAACAAUAACAAUGACUGGAAGAUGUCGGACAAUAACAGUGACAGGCCCCCACCAGGUAUGGACUCUCUUUUAAGAAACGCCCUUCAAGGAAAAGCUUUUCUGACGAGGUACAAUGGAAACAACUCAAUUAAAACUAAAAAGUCUGAUGAUAUGAGAAGAGUUUUGGGCAGUCCCCCGUCGACGAAGCCCCCGUCUUCGGAGGCUAGUUUUUCUACAGAAAUGGAAGAAGAUAUCAAAACCCGAUCUCCUUUAAUGGCGGUUUCCUUAGAAGGCGGUACUGUGGUAAUGUUCGACGGUGGAGGUGGAACCGGUACCAUGCUCAUCGACUCUGACAAUCCCAGUUCGGCCCAGAGCAUGGACGACAUCUUCCUCUCCCAGUUAGACGCCGUGUCUUAUCCCGAAGAUUACGAGAAACUGAAGAGAAUCGAAAAUGAAGUCGCCGAAUCCGUGGAACAAUACUGCAGUUUAGACCCGUCGAGUCAGAGCAUAUACAUUCCGACUCAUCUGAGUGACGGGGGCAGGCUUCAACCCAUCGGCCACCUGGAUCAUAGUCUUCUCAACGCACUUCCAUCCACUACUUCCAAAAAUAAAAAGUACACAAAGAGAUCUUCCAGCAGUAAAAGUCCGCAUCAGCUCCAGAGUCCUGGUAGUUCGUCAGGAAUCAGGAAAGAGAGAUCCCUGCACUAUUGUAAUAUAUGCAGUAAAGGAUUCAAAGACAAAUAUUCAGUCAAUGUCCAUAUCAGGACGCACACUGGGGAAAAGCCCUUUUCUUGUUCGCUGUGCGGGAAAAGUUUCCGUCAAAAAGCACAUCUCGCCAAGCACUACCAUACGCAUCUCGCGCAGGCCAAGAACGCUGCCAACGGGUCCACAUCGAAGCCUCCGGCUACAAAAUCUCGGUAGCUAGACGAGCCUGUUCCUCUUGUCGUGCAGUGACCGUUAUACACGUUUACAAAAGAACACGAAUGGAAUGUAAAUAAAUUUUCUUUUAACAUUAUUUUAUAUUGGUUUGAAAAUAUAAUAAGUAUUAUUUUUGUAAAUUCCUGACGAAAUUUUCAGCUGAACCAUAUAAAUAUGGUUUUAGCUCUUAUUGUUGCAUAAUUUACUGAACUCAGUUUGUGAUACUAGAAUUUAUUAGUUAUUAAUAAUCUUAAAUGUACACAGUUUUAUUAUACUCGACCAUUAAAAGGAACAAUUUAAAACCUCGCAGUAAUUAGAGAAGUCAUGUUUUAGGAAGUAUUUCAUUUUCCAGAAUGUGUAUUUUUAUAUUUUUGUGUAAAUUAUAUAGCGUGUAUUUCGAUCAGCGUGACGUUCUCUAUUAAACGUGCUGUGACUAUGGAACUGUGUUCAUACAGAGUGCUUGCCAUUUUUACAUUUAAGUAUUCCAUGAAUAAUGCCAACAUAUUUUAGUUUGUUUAUAGUAACAUUGUUCAUUAUCUAGAUUAUUUAUAUCAUUGUUGAUUCUUUAUUUAUUUUUUCUUCGCCCAUUACAUAGUUUAUCGAAUACACUGUUGCCAGAAACCGUUAGUUGUGCUCUGGUGCCAAAUAACAUGUAACUAAACUGCACUAAAUAUAGCAUCAUGUAUUUACGUUUUUACAAUGAUUUUGAGGAAAAGAGUUACCUAAAUCUGUUGUUAUAUUGCACGUUUUGUUUUCAAACUGAAUUUCCAUCUUUUCCUUGGUUUUAGUUCCUGCUUCAAGUGUAAAUAUUGUGUACAAAAUUACUUUCCUAUUCGUCAUUAAAAUGUUAACAAUUCAUUAAGCCCAUAAUGUUAAUAGAAUCAUAACAUUAAUUUCAUUUAUAAUGAUUUCACAUAAAAAGUGUAUACGUAAACUGAAUAUUAAAUUGUUGUAAUAGAAAGACUA